AUGACUACCGAUGACUCUGCGUGCGACAAUGGCUGUGACCAUAAUCGGACCUUUCAACAAAAGCAAGCACCGGGUCUUACAUCAUACGUUACGCAGGAUAACAUUAAUAAUGAACUACAUCGAAAUAUAAAUCAAAAUUUAAUUAUGUCGCCCGCGUCGGCUGGCAUUUCCGGCCCCAUUGUGACGAGUAAUUAUAAUGUGCCAGCCCCACAACCGCCACCCCUACCGGCGGCCACCGGUCAUGGCAGUUUUCAUGGCAGCUAUAGCGCCGCCUUCACCGCCUCAUCAGAUAUGCCUUAUCCACCCUCUUCAAUUUCGGCGUCAUCAUCGUAUCAUCUUCAACACCAACUACAGCAACAGCAACAGAGGCAGCAACAGCAGCAGCACCAACAACAAUCACAACAGUUGAAUCUACAACAGCCAUACCAUCAAACAAGUGGGAGUAGCAUAACAAGUUUUGAUUCAGCAAAUGUAAUUGAUGAACGACACCAACAACGACAUUCACAUCAACAUCAACAGCUGCAGCAUAUAGCACGCCCCCUACAUAAAGUGGUGGGCGUGGGUGGUGGUGGUGGCGAGCAUAACAGCCUUGGCGAAGCAGCGCAAGGCAGCUCGGCCGAGGUUUCCAAUGCCGGCUUAGAUGAAAUCUACGCGGCGCCCAUGUACUUCGGCACGGAGAACUCCACUGUUGUGACGACGCAAAUUGGUGCGACCGCGCACAUACCCUGCACUGUACAUCACAUUGGCGAUGGUGUGGUUUCUUGGAUACGCAAAAAAGAUUACCAUCUACUGACAGUGGGGUUGACGACCUACAGCAGCGACGAGCGAUUUAGCGCCACACAUCUCAAACAUUCUGAGGAUUGGACGCUGCAAAUAAAAUUCGUGCAACUACGUGAUGCUGGCGUCUACGAGUGCCAAGUGUCAACCCAUCCGCCCACAUCAAUAUUUUUGCAUUUGAAUGUUGUCGAAGCACGCGCCGAAAUUUCGGGACCACCAAUACGAUAUUUAACACCGGGCUCUACACUACGCCUGCAAUGUCGUGUUGUGCAGAAUACGGAGGCAUCCGAGUUCAUAUUCUGGUAUCAUGAUAAUCGUAUGAUCAACUAUGACAGUGAUCGGGGUAUAAAUGUUUCAACGGAUCCAGAUUUCCAAUCAUCAGAGCUGACAAUUCAACGAACACGUCGGGAGCAUUCGGGGAAUUUCACCUGUGUUGCUAGUAAUACGCAACCUGCAAGUGUGUUAGUGCACAUUUUUAAAGGUGAUAAUCCGGCAGCGAUGUACCAUGGACAUGUGGGUGGAUCGACUAAAUCAUAUCAAACGCAUUUGCAUGGCAUUACUGCUAUAAUAGCCAUGGCUUACCGAAUAUUACAAACAUAUGUGCAUGUAAACCUGGGAUAAUUACAGCGGCAAUAACAACAACAACAACACAAGUGGCCGCUGUCAGUUUAGUUAUAUAGCAAACACAAACACAAGCGCAAGCACAAACAAAAAUAAACAAAAACCACACACACACACACAUAGAAGCAGGAUUUAAGAGAGCUGAGCUAUUCGGCGCUGUUGUAAAG